UUUAGUAAGGCAGACACGCUUAUUUUACGUAACCUAAUUUUCGCCAAUAUGUUCUCUCGCAAAAAAUCUAUCACGAUUUUGAGUGUGGUGUUGCUGUUAACAUUAUCAGCGAACUUCGUGAAAUCAGGUCCAAAUGAUUUUAGUCUAACCAUUCUGCAUAGUAAUGAUAUGCACGCUCGAUUCUUGCCAAUUGAUUCGUCACUAAAAUCAUACCUGGCUGCCGAUAGUAAAAUAAGUGAAGGUUUCGGGGGUUUUGCACGCAUAUCACAAGUAGUAAAGGAACAUCGGCAAGCGGCCAAAAAUGGAAAUGUCUUAUAUUUGGAUGCUGGCGAUGUUUAUGUUGGAUCACGAUGGUUUAACUUAUUCAAGCACAAGGUCACCGCAGAUUUCAUGAAUAUUCUGAAGCCAGAUGCAAUGUGUUUAGGCAAUCACGAGUUUGACCAUGGUACCGAUGCUUUGAUACCAUUUUUGAAUCGUGUUAAAUUUCCAAUAUUAUUCGCAAAUAUGAACAAUAAAACCGACAAUCCAUUACGUAGAGUAAAAUCAGUUAUGCCAUCCGUUGUUCUCAAAGUAAGUGGAUAUAAAAUUGGAAUCAUCGGCUACCUAACACCAGAAACAAAAAAUUCAACAUCCGGAUGCGACGUGGAUAUCACUCCUGAAAUAGCGGCAAUAAAUCAAGAGGCAAAAAUCUUAAAAAAAGAUGGCGUCCAAAUUAUCAUCGCCUUGGGCCAUUCUGGUUUUAGGAAAGACUUGAAAAUAGCUGCCAACUGUCCUUUCAUCGAUCUUGUUGUUGGCGGGCACACUCACAAGUUUUUGUAUACCGGCCAACAGCCGGACACUGAAGAGCCUGAUGCAUCUUAUCCAACGGUUGUCAAGCAAAAAAAUGGAAAACAAGUUCCAGUUGUAACUGCAUUUGCUUACACAAAAUAUUUGGGCAAAUUGGAAUUGCAGUAUGACAAGAAAGAGAAAAGAUUCAAGAAAUUUGCGGGUAAUCCGAUUUUAUUAAAUUCGGGUAUUCGCAAGGAUCCUCAAGUAACGGCUCUCGAAUUGGAAUAUCGAAAAAAGGAGGCGGAUAUCACCGGGGAACCAAUAGGCAGAUCAAAGAUACACCUCUCCGAUUUUCGAUGUCGAGCCAUGGAAUGUGCUCUUGGCAACCUGAUCACCGAUUCAAUUGUUAAAUCCGCUAUGGCGAAUUUGGAGGAUAUCUCAUUCAUUUCAUGUGUUGCAUUAGUCACGAGCGGUUCUAUUUGCGGUGAAUUGAAAGCUGGAUAUAUAACAGAAAUAGACUUGAAUGAAGUGAUUCCGUUUGAUAAUGAGUUUAUCAUUGUCAAAAUUUCAGGCGAAAAAUUAUUACAAGCUCUCGAAUAUUCCGUACGCAAAUAUUGUGAACAACGAUUCAUCGGUUCAUUUUUACAAAUGUCGGGAUUACGUGUUGUUUUUGACGUGGCUAGAGAGUCUGGUAAACGUGUUGUGUCCGCAGAUAUUUACACCUUCGACUCAAAGUAUGAACGAAUCGAUUCAAAAAAAGAAUAUAACGUCAUCAUUACUUCAUUCAUGUUUAAAAACAAAAAUGGCUUUUAUAUGUUCGGAGAUUGCGAAGCAAGACCAUUAUCAAUCAAGGUGACUGACGCGUUUCGGACGUACGUUGAGUCUAUUCGCGUCAUUAAUCCAAAACCUGUGCAUGAAGGACGCAUAACGGUUCUUAAUGAACCUCCUCUUCCCGCAGAUAAACCACCAUUGCACCAAUAUAACUAACAAAUUCUGCGCUGCUUUGACAUUUUUUAGCAUUUUUUUUUUAAAUUGAAUUGUGA